AUUCUUCUAUAUCUAGAUUUUGGCUUGGAGGCGUUACUCAUUGAGGUCCAUAGAUUGGCAAAGAAGAAAAAUUGUAACGUGGCUGAAAAUAAUAUCUUGAAACACAUCGAUGGAGGAAAAAACAGUUAUUAGUCAUGUUAAAAAUACUGCGAAUGGUGAACAAUUUGCCAACUUGGCGUGCUGUGUCGGUGUUGAAGAGAAUACGAAAGCUGUAUUUAGGUUACAUUGUUUUAUUGCAAAAUCAGAAAAAUGAAACGGAAAUUCUGGGUACGGCCAAUGUUUACGCACGAAAUGAGACAUUUACAAGGUGCAAGUGACAAUUUAGUUGUUGAGAUGCAAAGGACUGAUCGUGAUAAGUUCUUCAAUUACUUCAGAAUGACUCCGGAAUUAUUUGAAGAAUUGCUAACGUUAGUUAGACCACGGAUUCAGAAAGAAGAAGUUUGUCGAAUCCCAAUUUCACCUCGUACAAGAUUGCAGUUGACUUUGCGUUGGUUAGCAUCUGGUGACAGUUUAGCAUCUCAUUCAUAUGCAUUUCAUAUUGCACCUAAUACAGCAUCCAAAAUCGUAAGGGAAACUUGUGCUGCAUUGUGGGAGGUCUUGAAGGAUAAAGUUUUUCUGCAACCCACCGCUGAAAAUUGGCAAAAAGUUGCUGAUAAAUUUGAGGAAAUCUGUCAAUUUCCAAACUGCAUUGGAUCUAUAGAUGGGAAGCAUAUUAUUAUUCAGGCACCACCGAAUAGUGGCUCGUCCUGCUAUAAUUACAAAGGUAACCACAGUAUCAACCUACUUGCUGUGAGUGAUGCGAAUUGUUGCUUCAGUAUCGUGGACAUCGGAGCAGAAGGGAGGCGUGGCGAUGCUGGUGUAUUUGCUAGCAGUGAUCUUACUCGUUUAUUAGAUACGAAUUCACUUCAACUGCCUCCGAACAGGCAUUUAGAUAGUAGCGGAUUUAAAUUUCCAUAUGUCCUUGUAGGGGACGAAGCGUUUCCACUAACAUCUUAUAUGAUGAGGCCAUAUCCACUGCGCGAAGGAACGUUGAAGCUAUACGAAUUAGAGACGCUUUUGCUACAUAUUUUGAAACUUCGAACCCACUUGAUUGGCAGUGGAGAAAAGCUCUAA